AUGGAGACGUUUUCAUACGACAACCUCAGUCGAGACGAUCGCGAGGUUCGACUUGUGCGGUUCAGCAACUCGGAAUCCUCUCUCGAGGUUGAGCUCAUACUACACCGGUUAUCAUUGGACGACCUGCCGUCUUACCACGCGCUCUCCUAUAUAUGGGGGGACCCCGCGCCGACAAGAAGCAUCCGCGUCAACGGCAAGCCCCUGCCCGUCGCCCAUAACUUGCACCAGGCCCUCCUCGAUGUGCAUCGCACACUAGGGGACGCGCAGGAAUGGCUCUGGGUCGACGCCAUCUGCAUUAACCAGGACAACUCCGAGGAACGGUCCUGGCAGGUUGGCCUGAUGGGUCACAUCUUCGGCCGCGCCGCCCUUGUGUACCUCUGGCUCGGGCCGAGUAGUGAUGACAGCGACGUGCUUCGGAUGGCCCGGCGCAUCGGCCCGGAUGCACAUCGCGCAGGCAUAUCUGAUCUGUGGUUCAGCUGGGAAUCCUUCAAUUACCAACCAAUGUAUAUCCAGGACGACACCGAGAGCGUGGAAAGGAGAGAGUCUUUCCUGGCCCGGGCGCUUGACGACGAGGAGCUACGAUCGCCUGGAAUGCUGGCCGCUGUCGCAUCGUUGCUCGAACGUCCGAACUGGUAUCGGGCUUGGAUCGUGCAGGAGAUUGCGCUGGCGCGGGACGGCCUCGUUCUCUGCGGCACCGAGCGCGUGUCUCUCGACGCCUUCGAUGCCGCCCUUGCCGCCAUCUUCUUUUGCAAGAAUGGCGACUUUACGCGCGAGCAUCCGCGGUGGCGCAAUUUCGGUGCUAAGUUAGACAAUAACUUGUUCCGGCUGCGCGGCCUCGUCGCCCGUCGCCAGCGCAGACGAAACCACGAGGCGGGUCUUCUGGAGUUUCUCUUGUCCGACUUCCUUGCGGCCCCCGACCGGCCCUUCUACGAAGCCUCAGAUCCGAGAGACAUCAUCUUUGGCCUUCUCGGCGUCGCUGCUGAUACAGAGCGCCUCGGCCUGCGACCUGACUACAACCAAACGGUGACAGAAGUUUACACGGCGGCCACGAGGGCGAUGGUGGAGCGCUGUCCUCAUUACUUCUUGAAUUAUUGCAUCUUUCCAAAAGACAUAGACGAUCUGCCGUCCUGGGUACCCGACUGGCAGCGAGUCGGUCGGUUCGGGCUCGUGAGUACACAGCCGCUGAGUUACGCCACGAACUUCAACAGCUCCGCAGGCCGGGUUCAGCCACCACCCACUGGCUUGCUUCCGACUCCUGUAAAUGGAAUCCCAGCAUGGCGUGUUCUACGACAGCGUGGGUGCUCGGUCGAUGUUGUGGCUACCGUCUUCGCCAGCGAUGAAUACUAUUGCACCAGCACAGGACCUGUGAUGACACUCGCAAGGGCGCUGGUCUGGCAUCGUGAGCAACGAACACGCAUCCUACGAGCGAUCCUAAACUUUGCCAUCGCGGCCCAUCUGGAACUCGACGGUGCCCAGCUUGAAACCGUGCUGUGGCGCACUAUCGUAGCCGACUUUGUGAACGCGCAAAGAUGCCCCGUCGAUUACGAUGCCCCUGCCGCACGCAUCUUUCGUCAAGAGCCAGUACCCCUCGCUACUCUCACCGAAGCACAGGUAACCUACAUGCUAAGCAGAAUCUACCCGUUCCCGCACCACCCAGACCCUAAAACCGCGACCCAGGCCCAAGUGGAUGAAUACUCGGAAAUCCUGCUGCGCCAGGCUUCGGCCAGAUGCCGGGGGCGGACAUUGUUUGCGACCAAGGGAGGCAGGCUGGGCCUGGGGCCGGAGAACCUACAGACAGGGGACGUGGUGACCAUCUUGCUGGGCACGCCAGUGCCGAUAGUCCUGCGGCCAGCGGCGAACUGUUUCACGUACGUGGGAGACACAUACGUACAUGGAAUCAUGGACGGGCAGUGUAUGGAGGGAGAUCCGGUUGUGGAGGACUUUGAUAUUGUCUGA